UAUGGGAAGUGAGCUGGAGAAACAUGAUCUGGGAAGGAAUCUGGGGACCUGGGUCAGCCGUCUGGUAGCUCCAAGCCCACUGCGAGGUGUGAAGAUAUGGAUCAUGAGCUGAGCCAGAGAGCUGCGCUGCUACGGCUGCUACCCCUUCUGUGGCUGCUGCCCCAGUCCUGGACUGCCCCUGAAGCUCCUACUCCAGGGUGGAGGGAUGAGCUGCAAAACCACACGUUCCUGCACACAGUGUACUGCCAGAACUGGAGUCCCAACGUGGGGCUCUCCGAAGCCUACAACGAGGACCAGCUUUUCUCCUUCGACUUUUCCCAGAAUAUCCGAGUGCCUCGCCUGCCUGAAUUUGCUGACUGGGCUCACAGGCCUCAAGAUACUUCCAACAUUUUCUUUGACAAAGCCUUCUGCCGGGCGAUCGUCGAGGAAAUUGGCCCAGAGCUUGACAGGCAAAUCCCAGUGUCUAGAGGGCUCCCCACCGCUGAGGUGUUCACUCUGAAGCCCCUGGAGUUUGGCAAGCCCAACACACUGGUCUGUUUCGUCAGUAACCUCUUCCCACCCACACUGACUGUGAACUGGCGGCAUCAUUCGGCCCCUGUGGAAGGAGCAAGGCCCACUUUUGUCUCAGCCGUCGAUGGACUCACCUUCCAGGCCUUUUCUUACUUAAACUUCACACCAGCACCCUCUGAUCUUUUCUCCUGCAUCGUGACUCAUGAGAUUGACAGCUACACAGCAAUCGCCUUUUGGGUGCCCCAGAAUGCGCUGCCGUCCGAUCUUCUGGAGAACGUGCUGUGUGGUGUAGCCUUUGGCCUGGGUGUGCUGGGCAUCAUUGUUGGCUUAGUCCUCAUCAUCUACUUCCGAAAACCUUGCUCAGGUGGCUGACUCUUCCUGACCAGGGUCUGAAGCCAACAGCUGCAGCCAUCCAAGAAGAAAUGUUCAAGUUUCUCACAUCCUACCCAGGAUCUCUCCUUCUCAGAGCAGGAGGCCCUGGGUCUCCCCCCGGGGUGUGUGUGUGUGUACAGGUUUCUCAGCUGGGGGCUCUGCUGUCUCUGGGCUUUUGCAUCCAGGGGAACCCAGAGUGGCUUUCCUAUCAUGACCACAUCACUGCCAUGUCAAGGCAAUAAAUCUCAUUUCUUAA